AUGGCUACUCUAGUCUCUCUGCAAAGUCGGCUACCGUUCAUCGACUGCCAAUACUACUAUAGGAACAGGACUGUAGAUGGAUAUAGAAAAAAGGAAUAUAAGGCAGCAGUCAAAAUACAGAGCUGGUUUCGAGGAUGUCGAGUACGGGCUUAUAUCAGGUAUUUAAAUAAAAUGAUGACUAUUAUACAGAAAUGGUGGAGAGGCUACUUGGGGAGAAAACAGUAUCGACAAAUGGUGAAGACAGCAUAUUUGACUAUGAAGAUGAAUUUCUACAAUGAAAUGGCUGUCAGGAUUCAGAAGCGAUGGAGAGGAUUUAAGAUACGGAAAUACUGCUUUAAUUAUUAUUACUUGAAGGAAUAUCUGAGAGCUAUUUCUGACACCAAUCAAGCAAUCAGGGAAGCCCUGGAGGAAUUUGCUGAGAUGAAGGGGCGAGAAAAGAAGAAGGCUGACUUAGAGAGGGAAGAAAAGAGAAAGCAGAACCAAGCUCGAAAGACCCAUUACCUUCUCAGCACAAAGCAGAUUCCAGGUAUAUACAACUCUCCAUUUAGAGAUCCAGAUCCAAUGGAAUUUGAAUUAAGGAAAGUGAGGGCUUUUCAAAUGCCAUCCGCAGCCCCUCAAAUUCAGCAGACAGAUUAUGAAGACCUUUCCACCUGGCUUGCUUGCACAAGCAAGCGUUCUUUCCCAAGAUCAGACAUUUUACCACCCAUUAACAGGAAGCAAUGCCAGGGGCCCUUCCGAGAUAUCGCUGAAGUAUUGCAGCAGCGCUACAAGCCUUUGCAGCCAACCUUGCGGGUGGCCACAUCAAUCAAUACGGAAAAAGAUGCUCGAGAGGAACUCAGAAGGGAGGAAUGGAAAAACCGUGUUCAUGACAACAUGUUCUUGCCAUUUUCUAAUUUUAGUAAGAAUGAAAAGUAUGUCCCAAUGGUUCAGACUUCAACUAAGUAUAAUGGCAUUUCCUAUGCACAAAAACAGUUCCAAGAGGAAGAACCUUCAAAAUGGAUGAGUAACAAGAAAACUUUCCUUCUUGUCACCCCACCUUUUUUGCAGAACAAGGAAGGGAAAAGACAUGAGUAA